AUGAAUAAAAUGAAGCUAAAACUCACUUAAUCCACGAAAGAUUUAAACUCAAAAUCUGAUAGGUCUAAUUAAAGAAAUCAAUCAUAGGAAAUUGAAUAAAUGAUGUCAUCACCAGAAGUAAAAAAGUUUGAAGCUUUCUUAUUUGAGUCAAUUACCAGUAAAUAAAGACUCUCUAUGAAAUUUUCAUAAUUCACACCUAUUCCUUAAAAAGUGAAUGAUAUUUAUGAGGAUCAAUUCACUUGGAAUCAUAAUCUUGAUCAUCGAAACAGUGAUUUAUGA